GCAUCUCCAUGCCGACAGUGCCGACGUGCCGACAUCAGCCGACGUUAAUGCGACACAGCAGACCUUUUUAUUUCAUACGAUCGCACCGUGCACGCUGAUCGAAGCAAAAUGAAGAUGGCGGACGGACCUACGAUUCUCAGAAGAAAUAGGCCCGGGACCAAAGCAAAGGAUUUCUGCCGAUGGCCCGACGAACCAUUCGAAGAGAUGGACAGUACGCUGGCAGUGCAGCAGUACAUACAACAGAUGAUCCGAAGAGAACCUUCGAACGUUGAUUUAAUACUAGAAAUGCCAGAGGCGCAAGACGAGGCUGUAUGGAAAUACGAGCAUCUCAGGCAAUUUUGUAUGGAAUUAAAUGGUUUGACGGUCAGACUGCAGGAGGAAUGUCAUCCAGAAGUUUGUACGCAAAUGACAGCUACCGAACAAUGGAUAUUUUUGUGUGCCGCGCAUAAAACGCCCAAGGAAUGUCCAGCUAUAGAUUACACACGACACACUCUCGACGGCGCUGCUUGUUUACUUAACAGUAACAAGUAUUUUCCUAGCAGAGUGAGUAUCAAGGAAUCUUCCGUUGCCAAGCUUGGAUCUGUUAGUCGCAGAGUUUACAGAAUCUUCUCUCACGCGUAUUACCAUCACAGAACAAUAUUUGACGACUUCGAGAUCGAGACAUUUUUGUGUCGCAGGUUCACAGCAUUUGUAACAAAAUACAGUUUGAUGUCGAAGGAAUGUUUGAUAGUACCAAUAAUGGAAGAAGACGGAACCACGGAAAGCGAAGCCUAGAACUUAAAUAUUUAUUUAUACUGCCCAAAGUUGAUUUGUCAGAUUUAGAGAGAUCAUCGAUAACAUUGAUAUAUUGCUGGAGUAUUUCUUGACGUAGUUGCAAAUGCGACGGGACCGUUGGAAACGGUUCCGAUAAUUAUUCCACCUGAAACACAAUGUGAAUUUCUAAAUCUUACAUUAGAAUUUCUUGUUCUCAAUUUUUCUAAAAUCGAUUUGGAGAUUUUUUCUAAAAUUGGUACGGAGCAGUUUUUCGUGCUUAAUAACAUUUACAGUAUUCGUUUAUUAUUAAUUUGUGUACGAUUUAUAAUAAUAGGAGGUAAUUGAAAUCAUGAACAGUAACUGUCGUUAAGUCGUUUCAUACGGCGAUCUUCUUUCGAAGAUUCGAAGAUAUGGCGUAUAUACUUGCAUAAACACGAAGAUACACUUUCUUUUACCGAUUAUAUUUUCUACAAUAUAUCGAACUCAAGCUCGUUUAUGCGUCGCUGAAUUCUUAUCUCUAUAUGCGAUUAAAUAACUCGGCUAGAUAAGUAUUAUACGUAUUAAUAAGAGAGAGAGGGAGAGAGAGAGAGAGAGAGAGAGAGAGAGAGAGAGAGAGAGAGAGAGAAGAAAUUCGAGUUGAACGUGUCUCUUUCGUUAAAGGUAGUUUUAUAUUUUUGUAAAAAUAUUUAAUUUUGUUCAAGCGAACAAUUACUUGUACGUACGAGCUCAAAAAUGCUUUUUUUCCCCGCACGGAAUGGUUUCAUUUAAAUUUAUGGAAUAAGGUGCAAGUUCUAACUGAAUUAUCAAGUAAGAGUUAAACCGACUGAUUUUUACUGAUUUCCUUUUAAAGAAUUUUUAAAGAAUACAGAGAUAAAAAUAGAUAGAUUUAUUCAUUAUUAACGUAAAGCAAUUUAUCGACACGAUGUUAUCAUAAUCACACAAUAUUUAACGGAUUCUUAUUCAACAUUACGAUUAAUGGCAGUGUGUUGGUAAUAAAUAUUUAUACGAUAUUUAUCUCGUGUGGUAAUGAAACUGGUAUAUUAAGCUUUUCUCCUGUUAUCGAAUGAUAUUUAACGACUCGAAGAAGUGAUACUUCCAAGGUCAGUUGUUAGACGUAAGGGUAAUAGGUAGUAAUCGUACGGAAUUCUGACAUAUUGCCAGAUUUCUAGCAAUUAUAAAAACAAGUCUCGGGAAUUCGAGUAAACUUCAAGCUGUUCCAUCGAUUCAUUUUCGAACGACUCGCUUAUCGAUCUUUUCGAAUUCUUCGCGACGGAAUGUCCUUUUUGAAAAAAAAAAACAUGAAAGAAAAAAAAGUGAACAAACAAAUGGAUUUUGCAAACGAAUUUACGCAAAAGGCACUGAAAUUUUCGUACUAAACGUAAGUUCACGAUGUUCGUGCAUACCUUUUUUCGCAUGCGACAAGGUACGCAACACGUAUGCAACUCGCGCGUACCGUUGUUGCGGCAUUGUACAUGUGCAUAACAGACACUUUGUAAAUAAGAGUAUUCAUUAACAAAGGAGACGACAGGAGUAUAUUGUUAUGCGAUCAUUUCUGUAACGAACGUGCAUGUACUUGAUAAAGAAUAAACUUUCUAUUUAAUACAAA